AUGCAGAGACACGUUUGUGCGAGGAAUUUCAGACGUCUUUCCUUAUUGAGGAACCCUUCCCUUUCAAAAAGAUUUCAGUCGUCAUCAUCCGGUGCGGUCAACAGCCCUACCAACAACGAUGAAGUGGUACUUUUGCAGCAGAAACUUCUGUACGAUGAAAUUAGAUCAGAAUUGAAGUCUCUAUCUCAAGUACCUGAAGAUGAAAUAUUACCUGAAUUGAAAAAGUCAUUACAGGAAGGCAAACUGUCCGGCAAAGAACAGCUGCUGGAGACUGAAUUAGGAGAGUUCUUCAGAAAUUAUGCCCAGUUGAACAAGUUGUUUGACAACAAGACAUUAGAUGGACAAUCUUUUACAACGACAGCAGCAGCAGCCACGCCAACUAAGCCCUACCCCAACCUUAUACCUUCUGCCAAUGAUAAACCAUAUACUUCUCAAGAGCUGUUCCUGCGUCAACUAACCCAUUCCAUGCAUACUGCUAAGUUGGGUGCCAAGAUUUCGAAGGUUUACUAUCCUCAUAAGGACAUUUUCUAUCCGCCCCUACCGGAAAACAUUACUAUUGAAAGCUUAAUGUCUGCUGGCGUUCAUUUGGGCCAAUCUACCUCACUUUGGAGGUCUUCCACACAAUCUUACAUAUACGGUGAAUAUAAGGGUAUCCAUAUAAUAGACCUGAAUCAAACUUUGUCCUAUUUGAAGAGAGCCGCCAAGGUAGUAGAGGGCGUCUCGGAAUCUGGUGGCACGAUCCUGUUUUUGGGUACAAGACAAGGCCAGAAGAGAGGACUCGAGGAGGCCGCCAAGAAGACACAUGGUUAUUAUGUCUCUACGAGAUGGAUCCCGGGCACUUUGACGAAUUCUACAGAAAUUUCAGGUAUCUGGGAAAAGCAGGAAAUCGAUUCUCAUGACAAUCCCACACAAAGAGCACUAUCACCGAAUGAGACUUCGAAACAGGUUAAGCCUGACUUACUGGUCGUGCUAAAUCCUACGGAGAAUAGAAAUGCUUUGUUGGAAGCAAUUAAAUCAAGAGUUCCAACUAUCGCAAUUAUCGAUACUGACUCCGAACCUUCCUUGGUAACCUACCCCAUCCCAGGUAAUGAUGACUCAUUGAGAUCUGUCAAUUUCUUAUUAGGAGUCCUGGCAAGGGCUGGCCAAAGAGGCCUGCAAAAUCGUUUAGCCAGAAAUAGCAAGAAAUAA